UGGACACCAAACGAAAAGCGUACUGUUUGGACUUUGGGGUGGAUGGAUUUCUGUUCUUACAGAUGGUUUCGAUGUCCCUAACACGUUGUAUUUGAUAUCAGUUGUGGAUGUUUUCCCUGAUUGCUUUUUAAUUAAAAGCAAUGUUUGACAGGAAUGGUUUUCUGUCAUUUUAAUAUGCUUUUCGAUUAUACUUUAAUAAGUAAAAUUUAGUAUAGUUUUUAACCUACCUGGAAAUUAUGGCGGAAAGAGGUGCCCAUAUAACUACAGCUGCAGCUGAUGCCCGACCGUCGAUUUUCGAAGUUCUGGCCCAGGACUCGUUAAUGGGUGCUGUCAGACCUGCUGUUCAGCACGCUGUCAAGGUUCUGGCAGAGUCCAACCCUUCACGUUACGGACCUUUGUGGCAGUGGUUUGAUGAAAUCUACGUGUGCCUAGAUUUCUUGCUACAGCACCAUUUCCUCUGUAAAACCAGCGCUUCUUUUUCGGAAAACUUCUACGGCCUGAAGCGCGUGGCCGCCGCCCACCCCCUGCGCCCUGCGCAUGUUGGACUCCGUCGAAAGCAGCACUGGCGCUCCGUGCUCCUGCUUGUCCUGGUCCCUUACUUGCGUGCCAAGCUGGAGAAGAUUCUGGCCAGACAGAGGGAUGAGGAUGACUUUUCCAUACAGCUACCGCAGACAAGAUUCCGGCGUAUGUACCGGGCCUUCUUGGCUGCCUAUCCCUUUGUCAGCACAGCAUGGGAAGGCUGGAUCUUCUGCCAACAGCUUGCCUACAUCUUCGGCCGGACGUGGCACCACUCCCCCCUGGUGUGGCUUGCUGGAGUCAGGCUAGUGCGCCUCACUGCUUAUGACGUUCAGAGUAUAGAUCUAAAGCCUACCACAACACUGGCCUCCAAACUAAGCUUCUCUGUAAAGCUGCAGAAAAUGUUUUCGGCAGCUCUGGGCAGUGUAGCUGUCGGCAUCUCUUCCAGCCUUUCCCUGGGGGUGUUCUUCCUGCAGUUCUUGGAGUGGUGGUACUCUUCAGAGAACAACAGCACCAUCAAGUCCUUGACCUCUCUCCCUACGCCAUCCCCCCCUCUUCACCUUGACCACAGCGAGGAGCAGGCCAACGUCUGUCCGCUUUGUUGCAAGGUCCGUGCCAAUGAGACUGCCUUGGCCACCUCUGGCUAUGUAUUCUGCUAUCGCUGCAUAUACAUUUAUGUCAAAGCCCAUCAGAGAUGCCCCGUCACUGGAUACCCAACAGAACUGCAACACCUUAUCAAGAUCUAUUCGCCUGAAAGCUAAUGUGGGAAAGCGUCAUUUAUGUUAUUCUCAUUCAACAUCCCUGAUUUCCUGUAGCUAGUAGUCUGAAGAUGAUGUCAUCCUGAUGCAUAAAUGCUGUUAUUGACUUAUCA